CAAAGCUAGCUAUAUCUAACACUGAUCAUUACAAUGGCCAAGCAUUUAGCUCUCUCAUUUUCUCUUUGCUUGCUCGUUCUCUUUCAAGGCUGUUUAGCCAUUCGUCAACAAUGCCAGUCCAGCCAGCAAAAUGUGUGCAUGCUGAACCAGAUCCAAGCUCGCGAGCCUGACAACCGUAUUGAGACCGAAGCGGGUCGGAUCGAGUCAUGGGACUACAACCAGGAUGACUUCCAGUGCGCCGGUGUUGCUGUUCAAAGAUUCACCAUCGAGCGUAAUGGCCUUCACUUGCCUUCUUACACCAACACUCCAAGGCUUGUUUACGUUGUGCAAGGUAGAGGUCAUCUAGGGUUGGUCUUCCCUGGCUGCCCGGAGACCUUUGAGGAGUCUGAGCAAUCUAUUGAAGAACAACAGCAGCAACAAGGCCACCGCCAGCGACACGGACGGCGACAAGGAAAGUUCGGAGAGCAAGAGCAACAAGAGUUUGAGCAGCUAGACCGACACCAGAGGGUGCGAGUCAUCAAGCAAGGUGAUGUCAUCGCAGUCCCCGCCGGAGUCACAACAUGGACCCACAAUGACGGUGAUCAAUCUCUCGUCUAUGUUACUCUCUUAGACAUCAGCAACAACCACAACCAGCUUGACCAAAACCCAAGGCGAUUCUAUCUUGCUGGUAACCCACAAGAUGAGUUCAACUUCAACCAACAACAAGGCCAGAGCCAACAGAGACGACCAGGACAACAAGGAAGGAGCAUGAAGCACCAACAGCAGGGAAACAACAACAACAACAUCUUCUCCGGCUUCGAGGCUCGGCUCCUCGCCGAUGCUCUCAACAUCGACCAGCAGACUGUCCAGCAGCUCCAGGGACAGAGCGACAACAGGCCACAAAUCAUUAGGGUUGAGGGACGUUUCGACUUUGUCGAGCCACCAGAGUCAAAGAGCGAGGAAAGACAGUUACAAGGCCAUAAUGGCUUUGAGGAGGUAUUCUGCCACAUGAAGAUCAAGCAGAACAUCGGCAACCCUUCCAUGGCUGACGUCUUCAGCCCGCAAGCCGGUCGCAUCAGCACCCUCAACAGCUUCAGCCUGCCUAUUCUCAGGUUCCUUCGCCUCAGUGCCGAGAGAGGCUUCCUUUACAACAAUGCUAUCCACAGCCCCCACUGGAACUUGAAUGCACAUGAGAUUAUCUAUGUUAUUAGAGGUAGCGCCAGGGUUCAGGUGGUGAACGACAGCGGCGAGACCAUUUUAGACGACCAGGUCCGUCAGGGACAGCUCUUCAUCGUGCCACAAAACCACGCCGUGUUGCAGAAGGCCAUGAGCGACGGAUACGAGUACAUUGCCUUCAAGACCGAUGACAAUGCCAUGGUUAACACUCUGGCUGGCAGGACCUCCGUCCUGCGGGCACUACCCGACGUGGUCCUCGCCAACGCGUACCAGAUGGACCGUGAGCAGGCAAGGAACGUCAAGUACAACAGGCAGGAGACUCUUGCUUUGAGCUCAUCAAGGUCCUCCCAAUCCCAGAGGUACUGAUGGGAGCAAAUGAGGAUGUACACAAAUGUGCAGCGGCAAUGUAGUGUUAAUGCAUGUGUUACUUGCUAGCUAAGAGGUAGAGAAUCAAUAAAAGCAGCCUUUUAUGGGUCUAGCUUGUGUACUACGAGAGAUCUAAUGCGCGCACCAUGUAAUCAUACUCUUUUGAUCUAAUAAAAUCUCUUUCUUUUUCUCUCUCC